AUGGCCGGUGGGGGAGCAUUAAAUAACUUGUUUCCAGGAUACAAGGAUAAAAUAUGGCUAAAGCUUCCUUACCAACUUCGAGUCUAUUUAAUAAAUUCAUGGAAUAAGGAAUUUGAAAAAAACAUGUUAAAAGCAAAAAUAAAAAAUAACAGAAUAAAAAAUUUGAAUUAUUAUAUACUGGAUAGAUUUAAGCCAAAUGAUAAUUACAAAAAUAGUCAUACAGAUUAUAAAAGACAGAUAUGUAGAGGAACGUUAGAAGAAGGGUGUGAUUUUUAUUUGCCUGAUAGAAAAAAUCAGGAUAGAUUAAAAAAUCAUUUAGAACCAUAUACAAAUGAAGAAAAUGAAGAAAGAAAAAAAUAUAAAUAUUUAAAUUUAAAAUAUUAUAUAUUAUUUGCCUUGGGUUUUUCUAUAGUACAUAAUAAUAUACAAUCAAGACCAGUUGCUUGGUGUAUGGACUCAGAACCACCACAUACCCCUCAUUAUCCAUUUUGGUUUAAGUCCAUUUUUCAUUCUCAUGAUAUACCAAGUGUAAGGAGGGGGUUUGAAGUCUAUAGACAAAUAUGUGCAACUUGUCAUUCGAUGGAACAAUUACAGUUUCGUAGUUUAGUUAAUGAAGUAUAUCCUGAAAAACGAGUAAAACAAAUAGCAGCAUCUUAUGAUAUAGAAGAUGGUCCAGAUGACAAAGGGGAGAUGUUUACAAGGCCAGGUGUAUUAACAGAUUCAUUUCCAAAACCAUAUCCAAAUGAAGAAGCAGCAAGAUAUGCAAAUGGUGGUGCAGCACCACCAGAUUUGUCAGUUAUAACUUCAGCAAGACAUAAUGGACCAGACUAUAUUUUUUCAUUAUUAACUUGUUAUCGUGAUCCUCCAGAGGGCGUAGUACUAAGACCUGGUUUAUAUUAUAAUACUUACUUUGCUGGUGGAUCUAUAUCCAUGCCUCCACCCCUUCAAGAUGAUAUGAUUGAAUAUGAAGAUGGAACACCGUGUAAUGUUUCUCAGAUGGCAAAAGAUGUUGUAAACUUCUUAACAUGGGCAGCUGAACCAACACAUGAUGAAAGAAAACUAACGGGUCUCAAAUUAGUAAGUGGUGCUUUUGUUGCAAUGGUACUAAUGACUGUAUGGCAGAGAUUUUUCUGGACUAUUUAUGCUACUAGAAGAAUUGAUUUCGGAAAAAUAAAAUAUUUAUAA